AUGGGGAACUUUGUCGCCAACGAGGGACUCUCCAUCUUCGUCAUUCUGGUGUGGCUUGGCAUCAAUGCAUACCUGUUCGUCCAGUUCUACAUGAACUUCCUGGUGGAGAGGUGGUUCUACACGAGGGUGUUGCUGGGGCACGCCCUUUCCUGGGCUCGAGCUCCUGCCGCCUGCCUCAACUUCAACUGCAUGCUCAUUCUACUGCCGGUCUGCAGAAACCUGCUCUCGUUCCUCAGAGGCUCCAUCCAGUGCUGCAGUCGAACAGCAGCCCGUCAACUCGACCGUAAUCUCACUUUCCACAAGCUGGUGGCGUACAUGAUUGCCUUCCAUACAGCGGUGCACAUCAUUGCACACUUGUUCAACUUUGAGUAUUUCAUGGACGCACAACUGAAUCGCAACCACAGCCAUUUGCCCUUCAUUCUGUCUGAAAUUGGAAAUGACGAGAAUGUGUCCUUCCUGAACCCAAUAAGGAGCAACGAAACAAGCCCCACCAUCGUCAUGUUCACCACCAUUGCCGGCCUGACGGGUGUAGUCAUUACCUUGGCUCUCAUCCUCAUCAUCACGUCCUCCAUGGAAGUCAUCCGCAGGUCCUACUUUGAGGUCUUCUGGUACACUCACCAUCUCUUUGUCAUCUUCUUCAUUGGUUUGGUGUUCCACGGCUUUGGACGUAUUGUCCGAGGACAGACUUCAAGAAGCCUCGAUAGCAACGACCCUGAUGUCUGCGCCGACAGAUUUGAAGACUGGGGCAAAAAUGAGUCGGGCUGCGCCGUGCCGGCGUUCGCCGGAAACCCACCCAUGACGUGGAAGUGGGUGGUAGGUCCCAUGUUCCUUUAUGUGUGCGAGAGGCUUGUGCGCAUCUACAGGUCUCAUCAGAAAGUGGUCAUCACCAAGGUGGUGAUGCAUCCCUCCAAAACUCUAGAGCUGCAGAUGAAGAAAAAAGGCUUUCACAUGGAGGUGGGACAGUACGUUUUCAUUCAGUGCCCAUCCAUCUCCCGGCUGGAGUGGCACCCCUUUACCCUCACUUCAGCCCCAGAGGAGGACUACUUUAGUGUGCACGUCCGCAUCGUUGGGGACUGGACCCAGGCGCUGUACGAGGCCUGUGGAGGGAACAAAUCAGAACUUCAGGAGGCUUGGAAACUACCCAAGGUGGCCAUCGACGGCCCAUUUGGUACUGCCAGCGAGGACGUGUUUCGUUAUGAGGUCGUGAUGUUGGUGGGCGCAGGAAUCGGAGUCACUCCGUUUGCCUCUAUCCUCAAAUCCGUGUGGUACAAGCACAUCCAGAACAACGAGGGGGUCUUUACUAAGAAGAUCUAUUUCUACUGGCUGUGUCCGGAGACAGAAGCCUUCGAGUGGUUUGCAGACCUGCUUCAGUCUCUGGAGCGUCAGAUGGCAGAAAAAGACAUGGCUGACUUCCUCAGCUACAACAUCUACCUCACCCGCUGGAAGGAGAAAGAGGCGGCUCAUUUACGCGUCCAUCACGAAGAUGAAAACGAUCCAAUCACCGGACUCAAACAGAAGACUCUUUACGGGAAACCAAAUUGGGACAACGAGUUCACCAACAUUGCAUCCACGCACCCGGGGAGCAAAGUGGGCGUCUUCCUCUGCGGUCCUCCCAUGUUGGGCAAAUCUUUGGAGAAAGAGUCUAUUUCUCAUACAGAGGCUGGCGUCAAGUUCAUCUUCAACAAAGAGAACUUCUAAAGGCGGUAGAGGGGUUUCCGACAGCUCUUCAUCACUGAAGCAGAGCUCCUCCUUGCCUAUCACCACAGUCGUGGUAGCAAUGGUUGUUGCUUAGAGAGAGAGAGAUGGGAAAUGAACCCGCUCAGGCUUCGUACUUCUUAAUCGUUGGUUUCCCAACGAUUGGUUUCCCAACGAUGAAUUCUCCUUUUUUCUUUCUUUUCAAAUGCCACGUCUCUCUGUUUGUGGCCAGCACAGUUGUGCAAAAAGGGUUAAAAAUUGUAGAUUAGAGAAGUGAAGUACUUCCAGUUUGAAUUUUGGGUUUUUAACAAAAAUUAAAAGGGAAAAAAAAAAGGAAAAAUGUGGUGACCAAACUGGGGCUAAAACCCCAAAAAAUCUCCAAAUGACCAAUUAUUAAAAAUCUUUUUUGUGUUUUAAUUUCAAACCAAACUGCAGUUUAUGAGAAAUAAUAAAUCGUAGAUUCAAUGAAAAAGCUGCAGGUGCUUUCCUUUAGUAUGUUGUCAUAGUGAUGUUCCUACAGAGUAAACCAAAAGGAUUGUUUUAGCUUAUACCAGCUCAGCCUUGUAUUAGUGCAUGAAGAAAAGAGAACUGUAUAGAAACGCUUUAAUAAUGUACUUGAAGGUGACAGAUUUGCAUCAUCUUUGUGUAGUUUUCAUAUUUGUGAUUUAAAAUGAACUCGUGCAUGAGUGUGUGGACGUGUGAGAGAAAAAUAAUGAAGUGAAUUAAAUGAAAAAUUUGUAGGGAAUAAAAGCUGCAGUAAAGAGCAUUUUUUCUAGCAGAAUCAAUCAGCAGCAGCAGAAAGACUGGUUUCUAAAAACAAAAGCAGCUACUGAGAGGAGCUGUGCAUAUUCUUAUUUUUCCUUUUAGGAUAAUUUCCUUAGAUUUUGGGACUAAAAAGUAAAAAAAAAAAAAAAAAGAAC